UUGCAGGAAACAAUAAGGAAUUAACCUCAAACCUCAAUGAUGCUCUAUCCAGUUGCGAAAAAAUUCCAUUCAUGGCCAUUGAGAAUAAAGGAUCUACUGAAAGAAUAAAUAGAACGUACCGCUAUGUAUUGCGUCUUUAUAGUCGCCUUAUUAAUAGCCAAAAGGCACUGGUAACUCUUACAGGAAUUCAGGUUUUCUUUAACAUUCACGUUCCAGAUGGAGAGUCACCAGAUGAAUGCGAAGUGAGAGUGAGAGAUAUUAUUUUCUCUGCUAAAGUGGAGACUCAGAAAAUUGAGUAUGUUAAAGCUUUCCCUUUUCGUGGCUACCAUACAGAAAAAAAGUCAUAUUUACGGAUUUAUACAAGUGGUACUGAUAAAAGAAAGACAGCUAUUCAAUUGGGUGAAUUUGCCGAAGUCCUUGAUCUGAAUCAUAAUGUUUUUAUGAUUUGUAUGACUUUACAUUGGAAAGACGAUCCAAAGCCACUAAAGCAAAUAUGUCUUAUCGAUGUUGAGGAAAAUCUGCUAAAAGCGUUUGCUCCUUGCUGGCGAGCAUUUGCGCCUGACAUUCAAGUCAGAUUCAAUGAUUCUGACUAUGAUUGGUCUUUUAUUAUGAAAAGAGCCUAUCACCUCAACGUGCUCGAAUGGAUAUGGAAGCGAAUAAUGGGAAAAUUUGAAAUAAAGGAAGAAAUCCUAAAGUGGAAAUAUAAAGGAAAGAUAGGAGCGAAAUCAGAAAUUGUUUUCAAGAAGAAAGGAAAGAAAAGAAUACUGAUGAAGAGGAGACCAUAUGGGGGUCAG